UUUCCUGCGUCAGAUAGUAUUCUCCAAUGGCUAAAGGUGACUAAAUCUCAGUUAUCUGAGUGUCGUCCUCUGGGAAGAGAUGAUGGACGACUCCGGCGGUGUCCAGAUGGCGAGGGCGCUGAAGCACGCAGCCCUGUGCCUGAUGCUGCUGCCCCGGUUCCUCCUGGCCGCCGUCAUGCUCUGGCUCCUGGAUUUCUUGUGCAUCAGAAGAAAAGUGCUGCUGAAAAUGGGCGAGCGCCUGGACAGCCCGGAUGACCCGCCGGUGUGCGUCUCCGACUCCAACAAGAUGUUCACCUGGGAGUCCCUCAGGGCCGUGUGGCACGGCCAGAAGCUGGACUUUCUCAAAUCGGCGCACCUCGGAGAGGCUGCGCCCAACACCGAGGUGGUGCUGGUCCAGGAGCGGCGGCAGGUCCGGAUCCUGGACUGCACGAAAGGGAAGAGACCGCUGGUCCUCAACUUUGGCAGCUGCUCCUGACCGCCGUUCAUGACGCGCCUGGCGGCGUUCCAGCGCGUCGUCAGGCAGUAUACGGACAUCGCGGACUUCUUGGUCGUAUACAUCGAGGAGGCGCACCCGUCAGACGGCUGGGUGAGCUCCGACGCGCCUUACCAGAUCCCCAAGCACCGCUGCCUGGAGGACAGGCUGAGAGCCGCGCAGCUGAUGCUCACCGAGGUGCCAGAGAGCAACGUGGUGGUGGACAACAUGGACAACUCGUCUAACGCCGCGUAUGGAGCCUACUUUGAGAGACUUUACAUCGUGAUGGAUGAGAUGGUGGUGUAUCAGGGAGGGAGGGGUCCGGAGGGCUACCGGAUCUCAGAACUGAAAAACUGGCUGGAGCAAUACAGGAAGGAGGUGGUGGACCCCCAGUCUGCGGUUCUGUGUGUGUAGCUGCUCUGUCCUCUGCUUUAGUGUCCAACCCACAGUGCAAAAUAUCCAGAUGCUGCUAUCCAACGAUCACUCAUGGCACAUUAUAUUAUAUUUGUUGUUUCUCCUGCAGGACUGUCAGAUAGAGGUUCAGCCUUUAGCCUAUAGAUUGUAGGCUGCUAAAACUGUGUUGUCAUGACUUUUAAUUGAUUCCUCUAUUUUUAUUGUAUGGGGGGAAAGUGUUUGAAUCUAUUGAAACUGGGUUCAGUUAGUGAACGCUCUAUUUUUCUACUGUGUGUGUGUGUGUGUGUGUGCGUAAAGGAGCGCGCGUUCAGCUUAAUAUCUCACUCUGGCGUCUGUGUGAAGUUCGGUUUUUAAAAGGCGCAUCCAGAAAACCGACACUGAUGUUUCUGACACUAGAAGCAGAGCAAUAUUAGCUGGAUGAUCUCUCCCUAUGUGGUUCACUGCCAAAUGUGACGUUAAAAACGAUGUAACUGAACAAAUAUGUCUUGUUUUUUAAUAAAAUUCAGAUCAGAUGGAGGGGGGGAAAUACAUUAAAGGAUUUUUUUAUAUUUA